GUCAGUGGGACGAUGUAUAAUACAGGGAGACAUGUAUCUCUACGAUUAGACAAAGAGCAUUUGGUCAACAUCUCUGGAGGACCGAUGACGUACAGUCACCGCUUAGAGGAAAUCCGGUUACACUUUGGAAGCGAAGACAGCCAGGGAUCAGAGCACCUACUCAAUGGACAGGCUUUCUCUGGGGAGGUUCAACUAAUCCACUAUAACCACGAACUGUACACAAAUGUCACAGAAGCUGCAAAGAGUCCUAAUGGGUUGGUGGUAGUUUCCAUUUUUAUGAAAGUAUCUGAAUCAUCAAAUCCAUUUCUAAAUCGUAUGCUUAACAGAGACACCAUAACGAGAAUAACGUAUAAAAAUGAUGCAUACUUACUACAGGGGCUUAAUAUUGAGGAACUUUAUCCUGAGACAUCUAGUUUCAUUACAUAUGAUGGGUCAAUGACAAUUCCACCCUGCUAUGAAACAGCAAGCUGGAUAAUAAUGAACAAACCUGUCUACAUAACAAGAAUGCAGAUGCAUUCUUUACGACUGCUAAGCCAGAAUCAGCCAUCACAGAUAUUUCUGAGCAUGAGCGACAAUUUCAGACCAGUCCAGCCUCUCAACAACCGAUGUAUCCGAACUAAUAUCAACUUUAGUUUACAGGGAAAAGAUUGUCCAAACAAUAGAGCACAGAAACUACAGUAUAGAGUAAAUGAAUGGCUCCUCAAGUAAGUAAGACAGAGCAGGCAGAACCCAUAACCUCAGUGGAAUGCUACUACUGUGAAUUGACAUAAUCUAGAAUGCACCCAGCCUCACUCUCUUUGGGUUCACGGCAGCAUGUGCAAACGUGCUGUAGGAAAAGAGCUGCCAUGUUGGAAACAACUAAAAAUUCAUUCAUAUGAUCGGUGGUAUUCAAAAAAAAAAAAGUAAAAAGACAAUAUUACAGUAAAUGUGAUUACAAUUUUGAUACAGUUUUCCUGAACUAAUUUAGCUUCACAGAAAAAGACUUUUCAGCCUUUGUACAUAUGAAAUUCUUCCUCUUUUCCCCCCCUCCCUCAAAUUAAAAAAAAAAAAAAGAAAAAAGAAAAAAGGUGGCUCGGUACAGCAUCAAAGUGGAGUUGUGUUCUGUGUGCCAAGUAAUCCUUGGAAAAGCUCUCAUUAUUUCACUGUCAUUAAUGGAUACUGACAAGACAGAACAAGACGACUGUAGAGGAAACUUAUUUCUAGGUUAUGAUCUUUCUGUUCAUUUAAUUAAAAAAGAGACAGACUUUGAGAGAUAACUGUUGUAAAUAUAUCACUGCAGAAUAUAAAGGAAAUUGAAAUAUUUCCCUCUUUGUCACAUAUCUGUAGUAGGAUUUGCCAAAAAUCAGAAUCAAUCCAUUUUCUGUUUCUCGUUUUACAACAGGUCAUACGUUGUGUUGGUUACUAUUAACAACUCAAUAAAUGUGUUUAACAAAUUAA